GAGUGGAGGGGGGAGGCUCGGCCAGUUGCCACUGUUGUGGAGUCGGGCGCUCUGCGUGGCCGCAUGUGUGGCCCCAGCGACGCGGACCGGGACCAUGCUGAUCUGGGCUGCGUUCGUCCUUGUGCACGGGGGCCUCUGUCUUAAGGCAACGGAUGCCGAGGAGCGAAGCGCUGACAUGUGCAACACGGUGGAGCGCAAUCACGUAAGCGGCGACAUCAAAGACUGGAUUACGGGCGCGCCGCACAGAACUGCGAGCAAUGUGCAAGAGCUGGAGGGCGCGCCGAGUCCCGACGACAGAGGGGGGGAGCGUCCGGACACCGAGGACGACUCCGCGGAGGACGAAAGGGUCGACGACGCCCGCGUCGCGCGAGACAGCUGGUCGUGGCCACCGCAGUCGAGCUGGCGGACCGGCAGGUCGGAGACGCUCUCCCGGACCAAGCGGCGGCCCAUCGUCAAGUCGGGCAAGUUCAAGAAGAUGUUCGGCUGGGGAGACUUCAACUCCAACAUUAAGACGGUGAAGCUCAACCUGCUCAUCACGGGCAAGAUCGUGGACCACGGCAACGGCACCUUCAGCGUCUACUUUCGGCACAACUCCACCGGCCAGGGGAACGUGUCGCUGAGCUUGGUGCCGCCCUCCAAGUCCGUGGAUUUCGAGCCGUCCCCGGUGCAGUCGGCUCUCGUGAACCCCAAGGAGACCAAGUUCAAUUGCCACGUGGAGUACGAGAAGACGGAGAAGUCCACGAAGACCGUGCUGUGCAUCUACGACCCGUCUCGCGUCUGCUACCAGGAGCAGACGCAGAGCCACGUGUCGUGGCUGUGCGCAAAGCCAUUCAGCGUCAUCUGCAUCUACAUCGCUUUCUUCAGCACAGACUACAGACUCGUGCAGAAGGUGUGCCCGGACUACAACUACCACAGCGACUCGCCCUACUACCCGUCUGGCUGACUCUUACGCUGCGUAGCCUGGCCACGUGUAGAGUGUACAAACAUGAUGAUGGUGGUGUGUGUGUGUGUGCAAAGUGUCCCGUCGUACGUUGGUUGUGGGGGCUCAUUAAUCCCUCGCUUGAGUUUGUGAAUGUCUUGUGUAUGGAUGUGCUAUGGAGAUUAAUAUCGCACAGGGACACGUGUGUGUGUAUGCAUCUAUAGACUUACUCGAGUUAAUGUUGAACAUUCCUAACAGCACACCGUGAUUUUAUUCUGGUGUUAUGUAAACGUUUUCGGUAAACGUUUGCGUAACAUUGAUUUAAAAAUUGUGUACAUUUUGCUGAACGUGUAUUUACGUCCACCUGUCGAGAAAAAAAUGAAUUAUUGUUUGUCAAAUUGGGGUUACCCCUCCCCCUAAUCCUUCACUGAUUAAAGACGACUCCAUGCCACCCUUGUUCGUUA